UACCCGCUUACACUCGUACUCUUCUUGGUUGCAGAGUGGUGCGGGGUUCACUGCUAGUCAGGAGAAAAUGGGGGAGAUCACCAAUAUGAUGGAGUACCAGGCCAUCGCGAAGCAGAAGCUUCCCAAGAUGGCCUACGACUACUACGCGUCCGGGGCGGAGGACGAGUGGACUCUCAAGGAGAACCGGGAGGCUUUCUCGAGGAUCCUGUUUCGCCCUCGCAUACUGAUCGAUGUGUCCACCAUCGACAUGACCACAUCUGUUCUUGGAUUGAAGAUCUCGAUGCCCAUCAUGAUUGCCCCCACUGCAUUUCAAAAAAUGGCGCACCCAGAAGGAGAGUACGCAACGGCACGGGCAGCCGCGGCGGCAGGAACUGCAAUGACGCUGUCAUCCUGGGCUACCUCGAGCGUGGAGGAGGUGGCCUCCACUGGACCGGGAAUCCGCUUCUUCCAGCUCUACGUGUACAAGGACAGGAAGGUGGUGGAGCAGCUGGUGAGGAGAGCCGAGAAGGCCGGGUUCAAGGCCAUCGCCCUCACCGUCGACACCCCGCGCCUCGGCCGCCGUGAAGCUGACAUCAAGAACCGGUUCGUGCUGCCGCCCAACCUGACGCUCAAGAACUUCGAGGGCCUGGACCUUGGCAAGAUGGACCAGGCGGCUGAUUCCGGGCUGGCGUCGUACGUGGCCGGUCAGAUCGACCGCACCCUCAGCUGGAAGGAUGUCAAGUGGCUGCAGACCAUCACCACCAUGCCCAUCCUCGUCAAGGGAGUCAUCACCGCAGAAGAUGCUCGUCUGGCCGUCCACUCCGGCGCGGCGGGCAUCAUCGUGUCCAACCACGGCGCCCGCCAGCUCGACUACGUGCCCGCCACCAUCAGCGCCCUCGAGGAGGUGGUCACGGCUGCCCAGGGACGCAUCCCGGUCUUCCUCGACGGAGGCGUCCGCCGUGGCACCGACGUCUUCAAGGCGCUCGCCCUCGGCGCCGCCGGGGUCUUCAUCGGCCGGCCGGUGGUGUUCGCGCUGGCGGCGGAGGGCGAGGCCGGCGUGAGGAACAUUCUGCGGAUGAUCCGUGAGGAGUUCGAGCUCACCAUGGCUCUCGGCGGAUGCACCAAGCUCAGCGACAUCACCCGCCGCCACAUCUUCACCGAGGACGACCGCCUCGGACGCCCCCUGCCCAGGCUGUAAGCCAGCAUACGCACGACGGCAGCUCUCCUCGGGAUAUCUGUCAACGGCGACGGCACCAAGCUAGCUAGCUCACCAUCCAUUCACGAAAUAAUUAAUCCCAAUUCUAUAGCGCGCGGCGCCUCGUCGGUGGCCCGGGACGGUGGGUUCUAGUAGAUAAAUUUUGCGUCUUGUCAAUCAGCACGUUGGUAAUUUGACCAUAUCUUACAUGGACUACACGAUAUUGUACUCCAUCCUAUUGGAUCCACAUGUAUAUCAAUCCAGCAUGUAUUUAUAUCCUAUACUAUACAUUGUCAUCGACAAGAAGGUUUUCUUUCUACCGAUGGAAUCUUUAUCUUUACCUACUAAUAAAGGCACUAUGGUUUCUCCCCAA